GGCAACGCGGGCCAAAAACAGCUGAGAGUGGCUUCUGUAUUUUGUGCAAAUUAUCCUGUUUAUAAGCUAAAAAUUAAUUAAAAUCAAGUUAAGUCACUAUGGGUCUCCUUUCGGACCCCUCAUUGACUCCGCGAGGAAAAUUUGGGCGUACCCUUGCCAAACACAGUGGCAAAAUUUCUUUGUUUUUUUACGUAGCCGGCUUGGCUUGGUUCGUUUGCCUGUCACACCCCGAAUUCAGCCAUGGCACCUAUCUAUCGGAGAAUGCACUAUCUCCUGGACUGGUUGAUCCUGAAAUUGCUCAAGAUUCUGUACGGUUUGCCCAAUCUUUAUAUGAAGAGCUGCUACGUGAGCGCAGUGAUCACAAAUCCACAACUCCGCAUGCUUGGAUAUUUGCAAAAAUGCAUCAAAUUGGACUUGAAACACAUGUGCAUAACUUUACGCUCCGUUAUCCUUUUGGCAGCGGCAAAGAGUAUCAUGGCAAAAAUGUUUAUGGUAUAUUACGUGCUCCGCGCAUCAGCUCCACAGAGGGUGUGGUUUUCUCGGCGCCAUAUCGUUCAGUGAACUCAGUUCAUGUUGACAUUACGGCAAGUGUACCUAUGCUUCUGGCGUUUGCCGACUUUGCGCGCAAGAAAAAUUACUGGGCAAAGGAUUUAGUAUUUUUGGUAACUGAGCAAGAGCAACUGGGUAUGCAUGCUUGGUUAGAGGCUUACCAUGAAGGUGGAAUUAAGGAUUCGCCAAUUUUGCGAUGCGGUAAUUUACCCGCACGAGCAGGGGCGCUACAAGCGGCUCUAAAUUUGGAAGUGCAAGAGUUUGAUAUAGAUUACAUUGACGUGAAAAUUGAAGGCCUUAAUGGUCAACUACCCAAUCUGGACAUGUUUAACCUGGUCCAGCGACUUACAUCACGCAGCGGCCUUUCUUCGGGCUAUAAACACACGCCAAGGAAGAAGCGCCGAGCCUAUCGUGGCACAUUAGAGGAUAAUCUACGUCACAUGCUAGAGAUGCUAAUGAGUCAAGCAACUGGCAUUCCUAACGGCAAUCAUGGACUAUUUCACCGUUACCGCAUUGAAUCACUGACCCUUGAAGCUGUAAAACGUACCACAAACAGUAAUGUUAACAAUCGCUUUGGCACUGGACUUUCUCUCUUAAAGACCAUAGAAGGCAUCUCACGCAGUUUAAAUAACCUGUUGGAACGUUUCCAUCAAAGCUAUUUUUUCUAUAUUUUGGUACAAAAUGAUCGUUUCGUUUCAAUUGGUGACUUCAUGCCCUGCCUUAUUGCGUUAGCUAGUCCUAUGUUCAUUAAAGCUUUCCUUCUUUGGCUAACCAUCACUACUGGCGAUGAAACUUCGACUGAGGGAGAGGACUCGCUUAUGCAUGAAGAAAAAGUACCAGUUCAGUUGCCAUACAUUGCAGUAUUGCUCUACAUGGUAGUAGCACUGUUGUUGGGCUUUCUCUGCAAUGCCCUGCCAUUUAGUCAACAUGUAAGAGAUUAUUUUACCGGCGUGGGUAUUGGCACAGAGAUCACUGUGAGCCUAAUUUUGGGUGUACAAGUGCUUUUCGGAAUACUAAUGCCACUAUUUUACACGUUACCAGAUGCUGGUCUCCAAUUGUUGCAUAUAGUUGCGCUAAUUUUCAUGGGUGUAGCGCUGAUUGUCACUAGUCUGCUAAAUUUCGCUUUAGGUUUUAUGCUGGCUGUGCUCAUCUCACCACUAACGAUAUUGUUGAACAGCGAGAGCACAAAAGGCUUGCAGCAGAAUUUAACACGAACUUAUACACUUUUACUUAAUCCAUUAGUGGUCAUCUAUUUAGUGGUGUUAUGGCUCACUUUGUUCGAAUUUCCGGAGUUAGCACUAAGUCAAAUAGCCAUUCGAGCAUUUAGAGCUGCAAUGGAUGCAGUCACAUUCGGUCUUAUGGACAGUAUAAUUUACGGGAAUUGGCUGUAUAUGGCAAUAGCGGCAGUUUAUUUUCCGCUAUGGAUUUUGUACUGGACCUUGGCUCUAGGUCGGCAGCGAAACACAAGUAUUCCACUCAGUAAGAAGACUGAUUAAAUUCUGAGUAGGAAUGUAAAACUUUACUACAUUCUACGAUUAAUACAUUAAUAUUCUUAAAAUAUUCUAUAUUUAUAUGGACGCAUGCCUGUGCAUAUGUCUCUUUGUGAUAAAAGGAUUUUCGUAUAUUCUCUGAAUGACAAAUAAAAAUUUCAGUUGAUUUCUGGAAA